UAAGUUAGCCGGAGAGAAGGAUUUUUGACAAAAAAAAAUACCUUUGUGCUUUAUUCUAACCGAGCAUCUAACCCGAUUUAGUGUUUUUUUCCCCCUUGUUGUUUAUUCCUAUACCGGUAUAACAUUAGCUUCACUUGCUGCUAAUUUGCAACACGGGUCGUUUCCACUCAGCAUUGAGCUUUAUUCUCAUGCUCACGCGAGAGUCUCCUCCACAGCCACGGGCAGGCAUUUCUCUGGGAACAAGGAAUACCAAAUGGGACUGCUGGGAUUUCCAGCAUCUUUAAAGAUCAUUUAGGUUAAAAAAAACACAAAAAACGAGGCCAUUCAGCCGAGCUGGUGGUGGUGGUGCUGGUGGUGCUGGUGGUGGUGGUGGCUGCAGACGGACGGGCCAAGAAGGUGUCUGCUCCUCCGUGGGAAUACACAUUGUUUACACGUUUCAUAUCGGGCGGAGAGCUGCGAUGUGAAUGCGAAGGAUUCACACCAGGAGUUCAUACAUGCACGAGAACUUGUGCCAGCUGACGCGGUGUGUUUAUUCUUGUUGCCAACAUCUUGUUUAUAGUCGGGGUGGGAUAUCAUCCGACAAAAAGGCCCCGGUUCCUUCUUCUUCUUUUAAGAUUUCUGCCAGAGAAGGACGCUCCAGGAAACCACCUCAUCACACUCUGGAAAAUGUUAAUCGGAUAUAAUUUGCUGCAAAUCUAGAACCGGAAGCCCAAUGAGUGACACACAGUCCAGCUUCACUGACAGGUUUCCAAAGAAAGCAAACAGAACCAGCAGCAUUCUCAGUAAAGACCACCCCCCGGACAAGAAACCCAAAAGUGACAAAACCUCACUUCCCUCCAAUGAGUUUGACCCUACAGGUCUGGUUCAACGAUGUGUAAUCAUCCAGAAAGAUGAAAAUGGCUUUGGGCUCACUGUCAGUGGUGACAACCCAGUGUUUGUGCAGCUUGUCAAAGAAGAUGGGGCUGCUAUGCGGGCAGGUGUUCAGACAGGAGACAGGAUCAUCAAGGUUAACGGGACCCUUGUUACACAUUCUAAUCACAUUGAGGUGGUGAAACUUAUCAAAUCGGGCUCAUAUGUGGCCCUCACAGUGUUGGGGCGUCCUCCAGGGCUCGCCCAGAUCCCUUUGUCUGAAGCAGAGUCUGAAAUGUUGGGCGUUAGCAUUUCAUCUCCAAACUCCCCAGCAACAGAACGCCCCUACAGUCCUCUGGACCGCCUCUCCUUCACUAAACCACCAUGGGAUGAGAAUAGCAGUGUCUGCAACCAGAGGGUCGACAUGUUGCAAAAGAUGCUCUCAAAAGAACAGCAGGAGCUUCAGGCCAUGAAGGAGGAGUACAGCAGGAACCCCUCCCCCAAACUACUGAAAGGCAUCCAGGAAGCAAAGAAACACAUUCCUCAGCUGCAGGGUCAGCUCUUCAAGGCCACUGGGGUAACACAGGAGGCUGUUCCAGGUGGAGAUGCAGAUGACGGUAGCAUGUUUGAGACGGAGCACUCCAAGGGAGACAACAGUACAGACCUUUCCUGGAGCAGCAGUCCUAUAUCUCGCGGUUUUGGUCCUGGAUCUCCAGAGAGCCUUUACUCAAGAGAGUCAUCCUGCCCCAGCCCAAAGAGCACCCCCAGGAACAGCUUCAACUCCUACCACUCUCCAGAGGCAGAGGACGCCACUGACCUGGACUCUCUGUCCCCUACCACAGUCAGCAGUCCGUCUUCCUAUCGCCUCGCCUCGCAAAUCAUUGGAGCUGAGGAUGACUAUUUUGAUUCAGACCAGGAGCAGACAAAUGGCCAGUGUAACAGCUUUAACAACAUUGAGCAGCUCAAGUCUCGUCCCGCCCACCUCGCAGCCUUCCUUCACCAUGUCAUCUCUCAGUUCGACCCUGCUCCUGUGCUGUGCUACCUCCAUGCUGACUUCUACAAGCAGACCAACUCCAAAGAGACCAGACGGGUGUUCAUGGACCUCCACACUUUUUUCAUUGAUCGUGGAGCAAAUUUGAAAGUUGCUGUCCCUGAAUCCAUCUCUACUGAUCUCGACCGCCGGCGGACAGAACUGAUCCCCGAGGAAAUAAACAGACAACAUGUUCAAACACUGCAGGACUCUCUGCUCCCUGACAUCCAGAAGAACCUUGAGGAUUUCAGGCAGAAGCGCAGUAUGGGCCUAACAGUGGCAGAAGUAGAGCUGGCCAGACUGGACCAAGAGAGAGUCAGAGACCGCGUGGCUCUGGAGAGAGAGCGCUCAUAUGCUGAAAACAUCAUCACCAAGAUAGAGGACAUCCUGUUAACUACUCAGACCACAGAGGAAGAGAAAUGCACUACAAUGCAGUAUGUCAUCUAUACAUACAUGAAGCACCUUGGUGUGAGGGUCAAGGAACCUCGCAGUCUGGAAUCCAAACGUGUCAGGAUCAACUUUCUUCCCAAGAUCAAGAAAAGCAUCAAGACAGAAAAGGAAGGAGAAGAGAAGGUGAAGAAACCCAGAUUUCCCAGUAUCCUUGGACCUCAGCGUCGGCCCAGCCGCAUUGAAGCAGCAUCUGUAGGUAAAGCAUUGGAUGGUCGCCCUCGGCCGCAGAAACAGUUGUCUCAGCCUUCACUAGGGGCAAGUGAUCACAUAGAAGCUGGACGUCUAAGAGGCAGCCAAUCGAGCGAGGGCUCUGAACUCACACACUCCAUGUCUCUCAACACCUCAACCCCAAACAGCGCCCCCUACAGCUCAGACACUAGCCGAGACAGUGAUAUGGGUGGGACUCCGACCUCAGGCCCGUCCAGGCUGAGUGACGGCCUCAAGUCCGACCCGCUUGAUGGGUUGCAGUAUCCUGCGUCGCACUUUGACCUUUACAGCCUGGACCAACUGCAAGAGGAUGACGGAGAAAGCGACAGAGCCCACGAGGGAACACCAAAGGCCAUAAGAAGGCUUGAGGGACUGGGUGCAUCUGACGUCCAGAGCGAGGACGACCAGGGAACGGACUCUGAGCACGACCCUCCAAACUGGCAGCAGCUGGUGGGGCGAGAGAUCCUAGCGGGCCUCAGGCCGCAGGAAAUCAAGAGACAGGAAGUCAUCAAUGAGCUGUUUUAUACAGAGCGUGCACAUGUAAGGAUGCUGAAAGUGUUGGACCACGUUUUCUACCAGAAGCUCUCCAAAGAGGCCAUCCUGCCUCCUGCUGAUAUCAAGAACAUCUUUACCAACCUGGACGAGAUUCUACAGCUGCAUGUUUCAAUCCUGGAGCAAAUGGCAGCUGUUCGGAAGAGAAACGAGUCUUCAGUAAUUGAUCAGAUAGGAGACGAUUUGCUCUCCUGGUUCAGCAAUGGAGAGGAGGAGAAGAUCAAGAAGGCGGUAGGGACGUUCUGCAGCAACCAGCCGUUUGCUCUUGAGAUCAUCAAGACCAAGCAGAAGAAAGACUCGCGGUUUACUUCGUUCGUCCAGGAGGCAGAGAGUAACAGACUGUGUCGCCGACUGCAGCUUAAGGACAUCAUUCCUGUAGAGAUGCAGCGCCUCACCAAGUACCCCCUGCUACUAGACAACAUCGCCAAGUACACAGACAACGCAGUGGAGAAGGACAAAGUGAAGCAGGCAGCAGACGGCUGUAAAAAAAUUCUCAAUCACGUCAACCAGGCCGUUAAGGAAUCUGAGGACAAACAGAGGUUGGAGGACUAUCAGAGAAGAUUGGACCUCUCUUCUCUAAAGCAGACAGACAACCCCAUGAUCCUGGAGCUAAAAAAUUUGGAUUUGACCAAGAGAACGAUGGUGCACGAGGGACCACUGUCAUGGAAAGUGAACAAGGACAAGACUAUUGAGUUGUACACCCUCCUGCUGCAGGACAUCUUGGUUCUGCUACAGAAACAAGAUGAACGUCUGAUCCUGAAGUGUCACAGUAAAAACCUGGCAGGCACCGCAGAUACCAAACAUAUCUUCAGCCCUAUCAUCAAACUCAACACUGUGCUGGUGCGCUCUGUGGCCACAGACAACAAGUCCUUCUUUGUCCUCUCCAUGUCCGAGAACGGAGCCCAGAUCUAUGAGCUGAUGGCGCCAACGGUCUCAGAUCAGAGAACGUGGCAGCGUUUAAUCACCCAGAGAGCUGAUGCCAUGAAAGUCAAACCUCACAGCGUCAUACCAUUACCUCAGACUGAUGGGGAGAGAGACGGUGUGGAGAUCAUUACAGCAGGUGUUUCCAGGCUGAGUCGAGACCCAGACCGCACAUCCACCGGCAGCACCCAGUCCACAGAUAAAGAGAGCAGCCCAGCCCCUAGAAGUGUGACGCAGAGUUCCAUACCAGGUAAUAAUCCCUUUGAGGGAGUAAAGGCAGAGGAAGAGGAGGAGGAGGAAGGUUUUGUGGACCCAGAGCUUCCUUAUCAAGCGACUGAAGACGGCAAAGAAGGAGACUCGUUCAACAUGUUUCCCUCACGAGCAGACGAAGCACUGAAAACAUUGGCAGCGUUGAAGCAGGUGUUGGUGACCCAGCUGAUGUCCCAGGAGGCUUUAGAGCAAACCAAACGCUCCACGGGGGUGCGUCUCCUCAGGACCACCUCUCUGCGGACACCCGUAGACAACCGCGCUCGGGUGAUGGUCCACAACGGCUCAGAGAAGAACAGCUCCCAGACGGAGGACCCGACUCAGGACCUGGGCUCUGGGGACACGGGCUUCUUUGAUUCUCCUGAAGAUUAUGCAGGGUAUUUAGUCCUGGAGGGUUAUGGUGCCGGGGAGACCAGCACAGAUGAUGACAUCUUGGCAUCAAAUACAGGGAAGCAGCUGAGAUCCUCUCAAGGCUGUGCCGCCGACUCUGGCAUCAACUUGCGUUUUUCUUCAACGUCACAGGCGGGCAGCCUCUCCUCUUUUAGCAGACAGGUCUUGUCUCACCUUAGAAACCUUCAGGCCAACCUCAACUAUCUGAAGGAGGUUGAGGCCAAGUACAAUAAUCUAAUACACCAAAGGCCAGAGAGGUCAGCAGACACGGAUGGAAACAAAGAUAAGAGAUAGUGGAAGACGGUACCGCAGCUUUUGGCUCCGGUCCCCAAGAGGAAGUACUGACUCGUGGUCUGUUCCUACUUCCUGUGUCCUGGACUUUCUGGACAUCCUAUAAGCUUGUCCUCUCACUGCUGAGCCCCCUGUUUUCCAUCGCCCUCGCCUACAGUUGCCACAGAGAAUGAGAGACUGAGUGUGAGCAGAAACGUUUGAAGGGUGGAGUCAUCUUUGUGAUGCUGCGCACCCCUCCCAUCAGCACAAGGCAAUCAGGAAAGUGGGAUUGCCUAAAACCUCACUCCUCUACCAUAUAACACCCAUUUUCCUUGGAGCUCCCUGCAAGAAAGAGAACUUAUACCAAAAUGUACAAAGAUGUGUGUUUAGAAUAUAUAUAUAUGAAACACAAAACAAGAAAAAGGAAAAUUUUAAGAUAAUGUAUUAAGAUUUUUUUUAUC